AGGGACGAGGGGGGGUGGGGGGGGGGUUGCAGUGCCCAGAAUUUCCGGGUGAAACUGACUCGGGAACAGGUGAAAUUGAACGACACGGAGCGAGAGAGAGAGAAAAGAAGGGGCCGGCGAGAAUCCGGAGAGAGCUGGGCCCGCGAACCCCGGGUAACAUCGGAUCAGCGGCCGAGGGGCGAUCACCCUGCGUGAAUAAUUCUCGAGGCGGGAGAUCUCUCAGCCCUCGCUCGCUUUCGCCUUCUCGAGGCGUUGAAUGGUUUCUGUCGAGAUGCUGCGUCGAUUCGUGAACCAAUUCGCAGGGAGCAACAUCCCCGGCAGAUACUUUGUAGCCCGCAGUUAGUCAACAAUUACAUUGUUUCAAGCUGCAAGAGGCGGACACAUUGUUCCCUUGUAAACCCUGGGGCAACAGUCUCGCUACACUUUCUGGCUCGGUUCUGUCGACGGGCUUUUGCACAGUGUUUCUGAGUUAACUCCCUUUUGUUUCUAAUCGAUUGGGUUAUUUUUGUUUAUUUUGGCGGGGGGGAGGGGGGAGGGUGGUUACCGGACUGAAAUUCAAUGGAAGCGGAGCUCCAGGAGCAGGUUGUCACGAUGGUGCAGCCUAUGCCUGGAUAUGGCGAGCUGCUGGUGAAAGGCUUCUCCCGGAUGAACACGGCAAUCGCCGAGUGCACGGACUGCGGCUUCGAGCUCUCCAAACGGACCCUGCUGGAGAAUGCGUCCCUCACCGCCACCGAAGGGCUUUUGUUCCUGAUUUGUGCCGUGGCCUGGACUCUACUCAGGAAGGCUACUUCGCGUUACCUCUUCCAGCCAUUAGCUCGCUGGUGUGACCUGCCACGCCGAGACGCUGCCAAGAUGCCAGAAAGUGCAUGGAAGCUGACUUUCUACACUGCCUCCUGGUCCUACAGCACCUACCUACUCUUCCUGACAGAUUACCCCUUCUUCCAUGAUCCACCAUCCGUCUUUUAUGGAUGGAAAGCAACAAUUGAUGUCCCGAAAGAUAUCGCCAUUGCUUACCUGGCUCAGUGCAGUUUCUAUGGACAUGCUAUCUAUGCCACUGUGUACAUGGAUGCCUGGAGGAAGGACUCUGUUGUGAUGUUAGUCCAUCAUGUGAUAACACUGGCUCUAAUCGCCUUCUCCUAUGCCUUCAGGUAUCACAAUGUCGGGAUCUUAGUUCUCUUCCUGCAUGAUGUAAAUGAUAUUCUGCUGGAAUUUACCAAACUCAAUGUUUACUUUAAAAACCGAGCUGGUGUCCGCCACAAGCUGAAUGAUGUGGUUUCCAACAUUGGUUGCUGCUCCUUUGCGAUAAGUUGGUUCUGGUUCCGACUUUAUUGGUUCCCCCUCAAGGUGCUGUAUGCCACCUGUUACUCCAGUCUCCAGUCUGUUCCCAAUAUUCCUUUUUACUUUUUCUUCAACAUUCUGCUGCUUAUCCUCACUCUGAUGAAUAUCUAUUGGUUUCUGUAUAUCAUCCUGCUGGUGGUGAAGGUCCUGACUGGCCAGGUCUCUGAGGUCAAUGAUGUGCGAGAGUAUGAUAUUGAGGACAGUCCCAGUCCAGCUGUGUACAAGAAAUACAAUCACCUUCACUCCUCCAAAGACGGGUAUGAAAUCCACAGGGUGGACGGACUGCGGCAGAGGAACGGGAUCAUCGUACAUAAGCAUCUAUAAUAUAUCCCGACAGCAGCUUCAUCACCCUGUUUACAAGACCUUCCAACCCAGAUUUGCUCUGAAUCAAGGGCUAACUUCAGUCCUGACUUGUCCAGCCUGCCACGAUUGGGAAUGAAACCACAAUGGAAAAUCAUCUAUUGAUGGUGCAGUUGUUGUUUCGACGUCUGAUUUUUUUUGCCCCUUCAGGGGAUCCUUUGCUGGAUUUUAGCUUUAUCUCUCUAUUGCUCUUGCUCUAUUUUUCUCUCGCUGUCUCUAUCUCUUCCCUUAUCUCUCUUGCUCUCUCUGUCACGCUCUUGCUCUCUCUCUCUCACCCUUGCUCUCAUUCUACCUUCUUCUCUUGCUCAUUCGUGUCUUAAUUAUAUUUUUACUGUGAAUCAUUUCUGUAAGCCUUUGCAAAGACUGCAUGCAAUGUCAGACUAGCUCCACCAAAACGUAUGUGUCACUGUGAAAGGUCAAAGUGAGCUCCUGGGGUCUUAUGCUUGGAUUUCCCACCACUCCGCCACCAGCGUCGGUCUCCGUUGGUGUCGGAAGCUUCCCCCCAAUUUGAUGCUCUCCUAUUUCCAAACUGUCCCCUGCCAAGAACACCAUUCGCGAUAAAUGCCUCAAAAGGGUCUCUGGUCCUUACACUAAUAUGUGCCUGAACACCUAAAUGAAAUGAAUCCAAGUCAAAUUGGAACAGUUUGAGGUCCGUUCUUGUGGUUUGUACUGAGGUCAUCAUGGUCCUUGCUAGAGGUUGCGAACAAACCAGUGCCUCCUGCAGCUGACCUUGAUCAAUGGGAUCUCAGUACGAACUCUGAAAGCACUUGCAGAGAGACACAAACUCCACUGCACAUUGCUGGGAGAGCUGUCCCUAUGGACUGAGUCUUGGACUAAUUGCCUAAACCUUCAACAAAUGAGGAGGGCUAGAGCUUGGCUUUGGGGAUUUGCACUAAAUAAAUAAAACAAAAUCUUCUUUCUCCACUGUGAGGUUAGGUAAUGGUCACCUGGAUCAUUACCCUCUGCACAUCUCACCCAACUCUUUCCCAUACAUCCCAUCAGCUCCUUUUGAUUCAAAUCUCCCAACAAAAUGUGCAAAGGCCAAUCUGACCACAAUACACCAUCCUUAAAUAAAACCACCAAACCACCCUCAUCCUGGUUUGGAUGGGGCCCCAUGAAUAGCUGAGGCUCCCCUAAGCACAGGAACACAGGAGCUGUGGUUCAAAGAGGCCGUGGUGCCCCUGGGCUACAGAGAAGGUACAAACCUGUCGAGAGUUAAUUGUCAAUCGUCAUGUGACCCACACUGUCAAUGGCGACAGUUGACCGGGGUGAGCCAGUGAUGCUAUGUUAUGAAUGGAUAAAGACCGCAAUAAAAGCUGCUUCCUAGCCCCACUGUAGCCUGUUCUGAGGCAAGCAUUGCCUCGUUUGAAUGGGCGAUGGUCCCCCAGAGCUAUCUGGGAUUCAGUUUUCUCCCUCCCCUCACUUCUGUUAGUGCGGUUAACUGAGAUCCUUCAUCUGAAAGCACAAACUCGCUGGGGUGCCCUUCAGUGCUUAGGAGUCAAAAGAGGCCUUUCAGCCCUUCGAGUCCGUUCCGUCAUUCGCUGAGUUCAUGGCUGGUCUUGUUCAUAUCUUGGCUCCUGUGCACCAAUUUCCAUUCCACGUCCUUGAGCUAAUAAAAAUCUAUCAGUCUCGGUCUGACAUUUUCAGUUGACCUCGAGGGUCACGUUCUAGAUGGUCACCAACGCUUGUGUGCAGAAAAUUAGCAUUUUGCCAUUACUGUCCAUGUCACUUGCUAAAGAGGAUGUCUAAGAUUCUUACUCUUGACUGCUAUCCAUUGACCCAGUUGGUGAGAGUGUCUAUUGGCUGUGGCUAUCACCAGUGGUGAGGAUCUAGAUCAAAGGUGAUAGCUCCAUCAUUGCAGAAACUUCUCGAAACCAUCAUUCAGGUUUAUUUAGGAGCCAUUGAUAGUGAGUGAAGGACUGGAGGUUGAGUGGUAACUAUGGAAUCAGAAAGCAAUUAAAAAAAUGCAACACCUUUGGAAGAGGAGAAUGAAAUGGAAGCCUUUUGUCAGGCAUAGCCUGCUACAUUAUCUGAUAAGCUAAAAUCUCAGGUAUGGUCUUAGCUCCAUUUUCCCAACUCAUUGUCCAUAUCUUUGAUUAUCCCAGUCUUCAAAAAUCUAAAAAUCUCUGUCUUCUGUGCACUCAUUAACUGAGCUUCCACAACUUGCUGGUACAGAGAAAGGGGGACUGUUUUUUUUAAAAAAUCUCUGUAAUUGCUGCCUGUCCCUAAAUCUCCUGCCUAGCCAAUUCAGAGGCAAAUGCAUGGCUGUGGGUCUGGAGUCAUAUGUAAGCUAAACACUAGUUAAUCAGAUCGGCUUUUAUGUUUGAGAUGAGACUAGCUUUGAAUUUCAGGUUUUAUUACUAAAUAUCUAUUUCACCAGAUGCCAUGUGGCCUCAGAACUUUAGCUUGGAGCCUCUGGGUUAUGAAUUGAAAAUCCAUACGGCAAUGCUAGCAACUCUGUCAUGGCCCAUAGCCAUCAAAUCUCCCAGUACUACGUCCUAACCAAGCAUUUCUUCAAUCUGUUGAAGAGGAGAGAUAGACACCAAACGUGGGCCUUGUGGUGAAUGAGGACUAGAUCGUUCUGUUUGAGUUUGACUGUCACAAAGUUAAUCAAUUCUUUCAGCUAUUUGUUAAACAUAUUGAGUAAGGGUGAAAGACAGUGAGCUCUGAAUUAGCUGGUCAGACAUAAGGCCAGUGCAUGGUCAAUGGGAAGCAUAGGAAUAUAGCCAAUUUAAAUAAUAUGUAUAUAAAAAAUCAUAUUUGCACUCGCCGGCUAGUAGCUUUGAUUCCAGAUUUGUUAAUUGAGUUGAAGCUUGAGAUACCCCACUGAGAUUUGUGUCUGUGCUCCCAAGCCAUCAACCCAGAGCAUCCUGAUUACUAGUCUAGUGACGUUACCAUAACACCACCAUCUCCCCUCUAUAGAUACCAAACAAUCUCUGGUACUUCCCUCCAACUAGCACUCUUCACUCAAAUUGGAGAGGGUUUGAGCAGUGAUCAAGAGUUGAGAGCAAAAACAGUAGUGGCUGGAAAAACUCAGCUGGUGUGGCAGCAUCUGUGGAGAGAGGAAAAGAGUUAAUAUUUAUGGCCCAGUGACCCUUCUUCAGGACUGCUUGAGAGCUUCGUUUACCCUCCAUCUCGCAGACUGAGGAAUAGCGUCCAAAAAUCAGGUGGUAACCAGGAGGUACAUAAUCACUGGGCAGACUUCAGAUAAUCCUCAGUGUUUGACCACACUCGCUCUGAGGCAUCAGUUCAGCAUGUGAUCAUGUAUCUGGAAGGUAGUUGGGUUCCCCAGCUCCCCCUCACACCCCAUCCAACCACCAUAUCCUGAUGAAUAGGCGUAAAGAUUCGAUCUCAAUGACUUCACUCUCAUCAUUUGUAUGCCAAUGGUCUUGCCUGUUUCUGCAUGUCUUCCUGCUCUCUAAAGUAGACCACUGCAACCAUACGAUAAAGGAACAUAAAUACUUUGUACAAAAAAAUAAAAGAAGAGAAA